AUGCAAUGUUUUAAAAAAGAUGCUUCAGCAUCUGAAAAUAAAAACGAAAACCACAACCCCAACCACAGCCAAAGCUAUGUAAAUGAGUCAGAGCAAAUCAAGAAUUCGGUCCAGGACACAUCCAAAUUAUCAAGUGACAACGAUGCUAACAGCAGAAUUGAGAAACCUUCGUGUUCGACUCAAACUGUUGUCACUGACGUUUUGCCAGAGCCAUCUCCGCCUCCGGAAAUGCAGGAGAAAUAUCGUGAUCUGUUGAUGGCUUGUUACGAACAUGCUGUGUUUUUCAAAGAUGAUUUUACGGAAAAGGGACAACGACUGCACGCGGCCUCUGUUGCGUGGCAGGACUUUAUUAUUAUGGCAGAUAAUCUGGUGAGGCAAGUGCAAUCGUUCGCAAACACAUAUGAUUUCGAUGAAAAUACUCCUGGCAAUGGCUACCGCAGUUUCGUUUCUGUUGUCGAUUCGUGUAUAGAAUACGGGCUGGCCAUUUGUAAGAACUUGACUGCGGCCAGGUCUACCAUGUUCUUCCGUAAGAAAGCAUAUGUUAAAGAAGUAGAGGCGUGUUCCCAGCUGCUCUCGUCCCUGUGUUCCUGUCUCAAAUAUCUGUUAAUUUUACACGAGUGGUCGAAGGACAGUGCAGACCUCUUUGCAUACGGACAGCAUUCGGCGGAGGAGUUGUUCGAGAUGGGCGACACAAUAAAUCAGUAUUGUUUUUAUGGACGUUGUAUGGGAUUCCAGUAUGGCGAUUCCAUACGGGGUGUCCUGCGAUUUAUUUCAAUAAGUAUGGCCGGAUUUUCGGAAACAUUUUAUGCUCAAGACGUGGACGGUCCCCUUUUGAAGACGACACGCAGCGUAUGGACCAGUGGCAAAUAUUUGUUAAACCCGGAGCUAAGGGCGAGGAGGAUAGUAAAUCUCUCUCAAAAUGCUAAAAUUGAUUUUUGUAAAUCAUUUUGGUUUUUGGCCGAGUCGGAGUUAAUGCAUAAAAUACCCAGUUUGGUUGGCAGUUCCAUAAAGGUCAAUCAAGUUAUAGAGAUUCCAUCUGAACCCCUGCAGUUGCCAAAGGUGCACAACUCAAAUGAAGCUAGUGCUGAAAGUGAAGGCGAGGAAUUGCUGGACAUUCCCGUGCCAUCCAGUCAUUUGGGUCCAGGACUUGUAAUUCAAGCACGGUUGCUCAGUUCACAACGCCGUGAGGGCAUGAUGGGACUGGGUCCUACCCGAGGUUGGCGUAAAUUACCUGCCCGCAGCCCAUCGAUUCUUUUUCACUGUCACGGAGGUGGGUUCGUUGCUCAAUCCUCUAAAUCUCAUGAGUUGUAUCUGCGGGAUUGGGCUGUGGCGUUGGAUUGUCCGAUUUUGUCAAUUGACUACAGUUUGGCGCCUGAAGCUCCCUUUCCUCGGGCAAUUGAAGAAGUGUUUUAUGCCUAUUGUUGGAUGCUGAAAAAUUCCAGUUACCUUGGCACUACAGCUGAACGAAUUGUUUUAGCUGGAGAUUCCGCCGGUGCCAACCUCUGCAUAGCUCUUGCCUUGAAAUGUAUCCAACAGGGAGUACGAAUACCUGAUGGUGUAUUUUUGGCAUACUGCCCGACACUUAUUAAUUUUGUACCCAGUCCCGCUCGAUUACUAUGCCUUAUGGACCCCUUAUUACCAUUUGGUUUUAUGAUGAGAUGCCUAAGAGCUUAUGCAGCGCCAAGUCCCGAAAUUCUAACAGAAAACUCGAAGAGUGAAGAGUUCAUAAAAGAAAUACGUAAAGCAUCGGAUGAAGAACCACACUAUAAGCUUAGCCUUGACAAGCCGGAUAGUAAAUCAAUAUCGGAAGGGAAUUCUUCACAGAAGAGCUCAGAUAAUCAUAAAUGGGAACAAAUAAAGAAUGACAAAAUGGAUGCCACAACCCAAUGUGGGAUUGAAGUGGCACAGGAAGAGACUGAAGACAGUUCGGAGAAUACAUUCGCCAGUGCCUCGUAUCUUAGUCAGACAGUCGAACGAACAGAUUUGCCGUCCACUGGAGAUGGCGACAAUAGUUCCUGUGUGUCAUUCGAAGACGAUUCAGUGCCCAUCGAACACCAUCCAGUGACAGCGAAUCAAAAAUCUGAAUCGCAGCAGUAUAUAGAUAACUUCCUUGAUACAUAUAUUGUUGAUUCAUCAACUGUAGAGGCUAAAGAGAAUGAGAAUUAAGCAACUGCGAACAAUGCCCGCGAAAACUCUGAGGAAAAUCUUCUGGUCGAUGUCAGUAAAGAUGUUCUAACAUUAGAUAUUCAGGCAAAGUUGAAUAACGCCGUUAACAGCAUAUCGAGCACAAUCAACCGUUACACACAAUCGUACGAUAUAAAACGCGAUGGCAAUUCUCACAAACCGAUUGAAGACUUAAGAAAUAUGGAUGCAUUAAUUGCUCGCUCUCCCAGUGCGGAGUUUGCCUUUCAGAUUCCAAAAGAUCCAUUUUUAUCACCUUACUACGCAAGUGAUGAAUGGCUGCAGCAGAUGCCGGCAACUAAAAUACUCACGUUAGAAAUGGACCCCUGCCUCGACGACUGUGUGAUGUUUGCCAAAAAGUUAAAGAAAUUGGAUAGGCCAGUUACAUUGGAUAUUUUGAAGGGAUUGCCUCAUGGAUUUUUAAAUUUUACAAUGGUAAAAUGCAGUUUGUUUCGUUAUAGCUUCAACUCAUAA